UGAAAAAAUGGCUAACUAAGAAGUAGAAUGAAAUGCGAAACGAAAUAAACGAAGAAAAGUUUUGAGAAUAUAAAUUCCAAAAAGUGAAAGAAAAUCUUGAAAGAACCAAAAAUCAGGUAUCGUCCUUCUUUGAAGGAAAAAUUCUGCGCGGUACGAUUUAGUGAAUUUUCCACAAGAGGGGUGUGUACUUAUCUCCAUGGAAGUGGUACCGCCCCUAAAACAGACGGACCAAUCCCGUGAUAUAAACCAACCCCCGUUCCGCACGUAACUAGGAGCUUGAUCGAGGGUGAACUUUCGAAAGGAGACUUCAGUUUCCUCGGUGUCGUCUAUCGAGAACGAUAAAGCGACUCUCUUGCAGUGAGAUUCUAGAUUAAAAAAAAAAAUAAAAAAAAAUCACAGAACUAUAUCCUUAUUAGUUUUAUCAAACAACUGAUUACAACAGGAUGGCAGGCCCGUAUUUAUCACCAUUGGGCCCCCAGGCUGACUUACUUACCGAAUAUAUGUUUGGAAGACGUCGUCAGGUCAGUAGACGCAAUCGGACGACCUUCACUCCACAACAGCUUCAGGAAUUGGAAUCACUUUUCCAGAAAACCCAUUAUCCAGAUGUUUUCUUAAGAGAAGAAGUCGCUCUUAGAAUUUCGCUCUCAGAGGCUCGUGUUCAGGUUUGGUUUCAGAAUCGGCGAGCAAAGUGGCGAAAACAAGCCCGAUUGCAAUUAUUACAAGAUGCAUGGAGAAUGCGAUGUUUGGGAUUAGGAAGUGCGGCACCUCUUCUUUUGAGGCCGCCACCCACAACCUCUUUGGAACGACCUGAUGCUGCGACACCGCCACCACCACCACCACCACCACCCCCGCCGCCUCCACCACCUUCUGCCUCUGCUACCAAUGGAUCAUCUUUGACGACAACUAAUGCUGACAAAAUAUCCGACACUUCAACUUUAUCCGUUUGCAGAGAUUAUAGAAUUCUUCCACCUCCUCACGGAUAUUCUUUGACAUGUGAAAAAUCUCCGGAAAGAAUGAAAUGUGGUUGUGGUUCUCCACCAAGAAUAUGCGGUAGUCCAAUAGAAAGAGAUAUUAAUUUAAGUGUUAGAGAUAGGCCGCAGGAAGCUGAAAUGGAUCUCACUGUGAAAGGUCCACCUCGACAUACAUCGAUUGCCACUUUAUUUCAUCAAAUACCGCCGCAAGAACUCAGUCCUUCGCAAAAUAUCGAUGAACCUUUGGACGUUACACUUAAUGCUAACAAAAAUAAUUAAUUAAUUGUUUUUGUUAUUUCAAGUCUAUAUAUAAUUCAGUUUCAUAUUUAUAUAGUUUCAUACUUAUACUUGGGCUCAUUCAUUAUUUUUUCGGUUUUUCAUUCAAAAAAUGAUUAAGUGCAAUACACCAAUUAGGGUUUAAGAAAACUUUAUUCCAAAGUUUUAUUUAUACAUCGUAAAAAUUUCACACACAAAUAAAAAUACUAUUUAUAAUUUUAUUAAAAUAUGGUAGUAGUUAGUUUGGAAUUUAAUGUUUCUCUAUUGAUAAACUUUAUACUUAUAAAUUAUUAUUUCACAAAGAUGUAUCUUCAAUAUUGAAAUCAAUACUGAGAAUCUACAAAAUAUUCUAAUCUCAGUAAAAAUUCUUAGAUUUGCAUUAUUUUUAUUGUCUUUUUCUAUAUGCUCUUCUUGCUCAAUAUUUUAAAAAAUUAUGGAAUAACUUAUUAUUUAUUUUGCAUUAUGUAAUUUUUAUUAUCUCUUAUUGAGAUAAAUAAAUAUAGUUUAUUUUUCCUUCUAUUAUCCAUAUGUAAUUAGAAAUGUAAAUAUAUGAUUUUUAUAUUAUCUUUAACAAAUUAUAUUUAUUAAUACAAAUGAUAACUAUUAUAUAGAAUGUAUUACUUAUUUUAAAAAUCAACAAUAUAUUUUUUUUCAAAAUUAAUAACAAAUAAAAAGUAAUAAUUUGUAUAAAAAUCAUAUGAUUUUGAAAAUAUAUAAUAAUCAAAAAAUCUUUUUUUCUAUAAAUACAGGUAUUUAGAAAAUAUUGAUAUAAAUUUCAUUUUUUAAUUGUUAUGAUCUAGUCAUAAUUUUAUUUUGUUAUUUAUUAAUAAAAUUUAUUAGAAUAAAUUUCAUAUUCAUUUAUAUUUUAUUGUUAAGAAUAUAAAUGUUCUUGAUAUGUUUUAGAGUAAUAAAUGCAAACUAAAAUCAUGUAAUAAACUAAAAGAAGCUCUUUUUCAAAAUUUUAAAUAUAAAAUAAUUACGUUUAAACUAGUGUUAAAUAUAUUAUUUUAUACGAUUUUUUUUGUUCAUAAUGUAUUAAAUUUUUUAAUUGUUAUAUUAAUUGUAUUGCUAAUAAAAGACUAAUGUAAUAAUAAUGAUAAAAUGAUAAUUGUACACAGGGGAUUAAAAUUUUACUAAUCUCACACGUUACUUACUUCAUAAGUAAGUACUAUGAUUCAAUAACUAAAAGCAAUUUCAUUAUGACAAUACUUAUUAAAAAAAAAUUUCUAUGUUAUUAAUAAUCAUGUUAUAAAUUAUGUUAUUUAAGCGAAAUUUAAAAAAUCAAAAAAUGAUAAUAUUUAAUCUUUCAAACAAAUCCAUAAAUAAAAUAAAUAUAUAUCAUAAAUUAUAUUUCAUAAUUAUGAAUAUUAAAAAUUGAAUAAUUCAGACACAAAUUAUUCAAAAAAAUAUAAAUACUCUUUAUGUAAUCGAAAUUUAUUAAAUUCAUUUCACAAAAACAUGAUAAUUUAGAUUUGCACAACCUAAAUAAAAAAAUGUCAUUAACCUCAAAAAUCUAUAGCUUCUUUAUAUUUAAGAAAACAUAUGAUAUAUCAUUACAAUUGUUUUUAGAUAAAUUGAAAAUUAAUUUAUUUUUUUUUAAUGAAAAUAAAAUUGCAUUAUACAUAUAUAAUUAUCGAUAUUUAUUUGCUGUAAAAGUGCAUUUGAAAAAUUGCAUCAAUUUGAAUAUUGUUCCAUUGUUUUUGUGCAUUUUUUAUUUAUUUAAAAAUAUUUGUAUAUACUAUUUUUAUAAUAUUAUUUAAAUCAUCAAUCAUUUUAUAAUAUUAUUGAAUUCAUAAUUAACAAAUAAGUCACAAUUAUUAAAGAAAAAUAAAAAUAAAAAACAUUAUAUAAAAUA